GAGGUCUUGGGUGGGCCGGGGACCUUGUGCUAGGCUUGAUAACGCUCUUUGCGUGCGCUGUGAGGACUAAGCGUUUUCAUCCGUUGAGAGAGAGCAGGCGGUGUACACAGGGGUUACCCGACUAUCCAUUUCGCGCUCCCGCGUGCCGGAAGUCGGUCUUCCUGUGACUCCGCCGGGCCGCCGCCGGGUCGGGGUGUAUAAUGAAUCCCAGUAUGAAGCAGAAACAAGGAAUUCAAGAGAAUGUAAAGAAUAGUCCUAUUCCAAGAAGAACUCUGAAGACGAUUCAGCCUUCUGCCACUGGAUCUCUUGUAGGAAGAGAAAAUGAGUUGUUUAAAAGCUUGUCCAAAACGAAACAUUGGAAUGACCAGUUAACAUCUAAUACUUCAAGCUCUGGAGUUGUUAUUGUCCCAGAAUAUAGUGAAAAUAAAAAUCCUGAAGGAAUUACCCAAGAAGCGUUUGAUCUUAUGAUUACAGAAAAUCCAUCCUCUCAAUAUUGGAAAGAAAUGGCAGAAAAACGGAGGAAGGCACUCUAUGAAGCACUGAAGGAAAAUGAGAAACUUCAUAAAGAAAUUGAACAAAAGGACAGUGAAAUUGCCCGCCUAAAAAAGGAGAAUGAAGAAUUGGCAGAAGUAGCAGAACAUGUACAGUAUAUGGCAGAGGUUAUAGAGAGAUUGAAAGGUGAACCUCUCGAUAACUUCGAAUCACCGGAUAGUCAGGAAUUUGAUUCUGAAGGAGAAGCUGGUGAGGAUUCUGAAGUGGAAGACUUGGAAAUUGGUACAUGUGCUGAAGAAAUUGUAUCUUCCUCUACAGAUGCAAAACCAUGUAUAUGAAAUUCAUUGAUAUUUGACUCUUGAGAAGUUACACUGCCAAGGUUUACCUCCAUUAUAGUUCUUUGUAGCAGAGCACAUAACUUUAUGCAAACUUGAAAUCAAACUUCCUUGUUUGACUCCUGGGACCCUGUUAUCGCAAUAAAAUACAAACUGUGUAUUUUUAA